AAACACAUCGCCAUCGUGUAGAUUUCUCUGGGAUAAGGACUAUACCGCUCCAGCCUGGUUCUAUAUCCACUUAGCGUUUUUAUUUUCAACCGUACUUGGGUUUCUUGGUGUAGCUAGCCUGAUACCCACCACUUCAACUUCUUCUUUUCGGAUCACUCAGCUUUGUGUAACAAUCUCUUGCUCAUGUAUCUGAACCGCACCCUCUUUGAGGCUCAAAUAUACAUGUCGUAGCGAUGGGAAUCUUCUCCAAACUCAAGAACGAUGUGCCGGACGACACAAUUGGGCGCAUCCUGACCCGCAACCCCAACGUCGUAAAGAUAGAACAAGUGAAAGAACGAAACGUGAAAUUCAUGCCAUGGCUUUCGUCCAAGAAGACUACAGUCUUCUAUUUCCAGCCUGAGGUACAGCAAGAGCAACAAUCAGAGCCUUCUGAGCACUCGUCUACUCGCGCAGCCUUACCCGCGCCGGCAGUAACGGAGACGGCGUUGGUGAAUGCAGACAAGAAACCAGCGACCACAACUCAGGCUUCUUCGUUAUCGAUAAAAGAUGAGAAGGGUAGAGGACAGGAAUAUGUUAGCUGGAAUGCGAUGCAGCUCGCUGGAACGCUUAUGGCCGCUGCAACGGUGGCUGCGGCGGGCGGCAAGCAGGCUUAUGAUCUAUACAGGCGAUACAGCGAAAAGAAGGAGUGAUACAUGGCCUGC